UAUUUCUAUACUCCAUAACAUUGAUCAGCAUCAAUCGGUGGUUUCGUGUUUCGUUAAUUCUUCAGAUCGGAGCUAUCAACAACAUAUUGACAUUGUGAGAAUGGCAAGGGGAAAGAUCCAGAUCAAGAAGAUAGAGAACUCCACCAACAGGCAGGUGACGUAUUCCAAGAGGAGGAAUGGACUGUUCAAGAAGGCGAGUGAACUCACGGUGUUGUGCGAUGCUAAAGUCUCCAUUAUCAUGGUAUCCUGCACUGAUAAGCUUCAUGAGUACAUAAGCCCUUCAAUAACGACGAAACAGUUCUUCGAUCAGUAUCAGAAGGCAUCUGGAAUUGAUCUUUGGAACUCCCAUUAUGAGAAAAUGCAAGAGGAAAUGAGGCAACUGAAAGAGGUGAACAAAAACCUUAGGAGGCAAAUCAGGCAAAGGUUGGGUGAUUGCCUGGAACAUGUAGGUUUUGAAGAGUUGCUUGAUCUUGAAAAGGAGUCACAGGAGGCUGUCUAUAUCAUCCGCGAGCGCAAGCUUAAAGUGAUCGGUAAUAAGUUGGAGACGUCCAAGAAAAAGGUGAGAAGUGCUCAAGACGUAUACAAAAAGCUAAUGCAUCAAUUCGAUAUAAGAGGUGAGGAUCCACAAUAUGGGCUGAUAGAAGAUGGAGAGUAUGAAACGGUUUAUGGAUACCCCCCGCCACAAAUGGGUGGUGGUGCACCACGCAUCCUCACUCUACGGCUGCAGCCUAACCAUCCCAAUAAUCUUCAUGCUGCAUCAGACCUCACCACUUAUGCCUUGCUUGGCUAAUUAAUUAAUUAACCAUGGCUUUUGGAUUUCUUGUAUACCCUAAACAAACCCUACCUUAUUUAACUUGAUUAU